CCUAUUGGUCAGGAGGAACGCCAGUUCAGGCAGCAAAGAUGCAACAGGAUGCACGUGCUUCUCUGAUUGAACAUCAAGAUGGCAGCGUCCGUGUGUCGGUGUUACGAGCUGAUUGGCAGGAAUGCCUUGCCUCUCUACACACGUUCUCUGGUCUCCGCUACAUGGAGAGGAGAUGCUUACAGGUUACACAGGGGCCCAGCUGCAGCUGUGCAGGUUCGAUAUUCCUCAGGACGUAAAGGUUUCCUGGGGGAGUUUGUGGAUAAUCUCCGUCAGGAGUUCAGUAAGAACCAGGAGAUGAAGGAAAACAUCAAGAAGUUCAGAGAAGAGGCCAAGAGGCUCGAAGAGUCCGAUGCCCUGCAGCAUGCCCGCAAGAAAUAUAAAUCGAUAGAGGCUGAGACAGCGAAGACAUCUGAGGUGUUUAAGAAGACGUUUGGCUCUCUGUCAGACACCGUCAAAGAGAGCCUUGAGGAGGUGACUCGUACGGAUAUAGGAAAGAAGAUAAAGGAAGGCGUGGAAGAGGCAGCCAGGACGGCCAUGCACUCUGCAGAGUCUGUUUCUAAGGGUGGGGAAAAGCUGGGCCGGACCAGCGCGUUCAGGGCCAUCUCACAGAGCGUGGAAUCCAUGAAGAAGGAGAUAGACGUCGGCGACGCCGGCCCUUACAGGGCUCCUGCUCAGCUGAGGAUGAGAAGUGAUUUUUCGUUUAAAGGUGGCGACGGUGACAGCAGAGUGUUUGAGGCCAAUGAAGAAGCUCUGGGCGUGGUUCUACAUAAGGAUUCAAAGUGGUACCAGCAGUGGAAGGACUUCAAGGACAAUAACGUGGUCUUUAACCGUGUUUUUGAAAUGAAGAUGAAAUAUGACGAAAGUGACAAUGCUCUCAUCAGAGCGUCCCGAGCCAUGACUGACAGAGUUACUGACUUUCUAGGUGGCCUUUUCUCUAAGACAGAAAUGUCAGAAGUGCUGACAGAGAUCUUGAAGAUAGAUCCCAAGUUUGACAAGGAUACUUUCCUCAAACAGUGCGAGAAAGAUAUCAUCCCAAACAUCCUGGAGGCCAUGGUCCGUGGAGAGCUGGAGGUAUUAAAGGACUGGUGCUAUGAAGCUACGUACAGUCAGCUGGCCCAUCCCAUCCAGCAGGCCAAGGCUCUGGGACUUCGCUUUCAGUCCAAAGUUCUUGACAUUGAUAACAUAGAUUUAGCGAUGGGUAAGCUGAUGGACCAGGGCCCAGUGCUGAUAAUUACCUUUCAGGCUCAGGUCGUUAUGGUGAUCCGCAGCCCGAAAGGAGACAUUGUGGAAGGCGAUCCGGAGAAAGUGAUGAGGAUGAUGUACGUUUGGGCCCUGUGUCGUGACCAGGAGGAGCUGAACCCCAACGCAGCCUGGAGGCUACUGGACAUCUCCGCCUCCAGCACAGAGCAGAUCCUCUAAGAGGAGCAGUCAAAGGAGAUGCAGGAGAACAGGUUCCUCCGUUGUGCAGACUGAAGGAAGGCAGAGAACUCAAACAUGGCCUGGAAUCGACUCUGGAGCAGAGAGAAACCUUCUCUGUGCCGUGUUUCCAGAAGAUUUAUGUGCACGUGUACAUCCCUGAUACUGGAUCAGUUGGGACAUGUUCGCUGGAAUCUGCAUCCUGGCCUAACAUUUAGUCGUGCUUGCUGUUCUUCAUAGUGCUUGGAUGGACUUAGGUAUGAGUGAAGCACUUAAACCUUCAUCUAAAAAAAUUAUAAUGUCAGUUAAAACACAGUAUGAGAAUCCAGAAGGCUUUCAUCCUGUGUUGUACUCCAUCCAUACUAUCCUCGUGGCAGGACUCAGAAAAACCUAAUCUCAUAGUUGGAAAUGUGGACCUACAUUUUUUAUAUCUGCUGAAUGUUUGAGAGAUGUUUCAAAGUGUCGUUAUAUUUCUAUCACUUUUAAUUUUAAUAAGGCGGGAUAGUGUAAGCAGUUUCAGGUCUGGAUUUGUGAAUGCAAACUGGGAGCACCGUGUCUCAGACCAGUACAUAGAAUAUCUUGGCAUGCAAAACGUGUGGAAAUGUUCUUCGCAUGGAGACCUCUUUUAAAGACGGAAGUCUCCUUUCUGCCAGAGACUAGAUAUGCACCGGUACGAAUUUUGAGAGAAUUCCAGAUUUUGUUGCAGUUUUUUUUGUAAAGCUUUGACCUGCAGAUCCAGUUUUUCUUUUAAGAUCUAGAACAGGAUUCUAGUUUUAUUUGUGUGCCAUUCCUACCCCGACCAAUCAUUAAUUAUUUACAUUUAGGGUAAUAGUGCAAUUAGACCGGCUAUAUGAGAGAAAAGUUCCUACAAAAUAUGGUGUUUACCAUUAUUGCUAUAGGAAACAUGAUCCUAAAAUUUACGAUCUUGUAUUAGCAAUUAGCAUUGCUAAUGACUUGAACACCAUAUCCUAGCUAGCAUAUCCUAGAGAAUGUAGAUCCUUACCGCACUGUUGGAUUUCCCAAAGACUGCCAACAUUUCCAGAUUAACAUUCCCUGUCAGACAGGAUGAAAGCUAAAAAAAAACAAAAAAAAAAACAAUUUUGCCAUAUUGAGUUUAGUCUUCCUGUUAUCGUGUGAAAGUCUUGCUCUCUCUCACUCUUUCACAGCUCGAAUGAACCACUGGCAUAUUUCGACUUAUCACAGAAGCCAGUUUUCUUUCAAAUAGUUUCUUACAUUUUGGUGCUUCCUUUGACUUCAUUUUAAACACAUCACUGGAAAUGGCUAACAAUCUUCUCAGUAAUCCAAACAAACGAAUGUUGUCAAUGUGACAGUGUAGCACUCGGAUAUGGUGCAUUCACUGAUUAAUAAAAGAAGAGAUUUUUCAGAAUCCUAAAAGUCAGUCAGAAGUCUGUCGCUGGAGCUAAAAAUGGGACGAUUGGGUUCAGCAGCUGAUGAAUCGGUGCAUCUCUGGUAGAGACGCCUGUCUAAACCCAACACAGGCUGUUCAACAUGCAACAACUGAGUGGAACAGGAGGAGCUGACGGACUUUCUCACUAAAUGUUUUGAGUUUGAAAUGUACGUAUGAAAUGAGAUGAUAUAGUUACAAAACAUUCCUAGUCAUGCUAUAUUUAUUUAAACCCACAGCUGCUCUUAGAUAGAGUUUACUAAUGUUUUACUACUUGCAGAACGAGGAAUACCACAUACAUUGGUCAACUUUUGUGCAUUGUCUCCAUUCUGAAUCUCCACUAAGUGUUUAACCUGUAAAUAAAUGAGAUGUGAAUUAUUUCAUUGGGGAACACACAGGGAGAUUCGUCAUUCAGGCAGCUUCAGGUCUGCAGAAUCGUUUGUUCUUCCAAUGUCGCGUUAUCAUUCACCUGUCUGUCUUACAGUUUACAUUUCUGAAUGUGGCUUUUAAAUGGGUCGAUGGUAAAGAUGUUAAUAGGAACAAAUGAGUGAGUUUAUUAUUGUGCAGACUGGUUUAAACGAGUGAUGCUAGAAUUCAUGCUUACAUCUGCCUGUCUCAGCAUUCUCUGAGGUAAGGAAAUGGAUCUGUGCAAAGAGCACUUCGCUCAACUUCGAGGUAAAAAUACAUCUAUGAUCCACCUUUAUGCUGUUGUUGACAGAAGAAGGUUCUUAUUCUGCAUAAGCAGCCCAGUCCACUGGCAGAAAAUGGCGGAAAAUCCUUCCCAUGGCAUGAUGCUUCCCCGUCCUUUUUUAACUGUGGGAAAGAUGUUCUGCAGGUCCAGCUUGGCUCUCCUUUUCCUCUAAACAUGCUGGGUUAAGUUUAUGCUAAACAGCUUGAGCUCAUUUAGAUGUUCACUUGCAAACGUGUACAUGUAACUUAUUCUCCAUGUGUAAUCCAGUUGGAAUAAAACACAUUUUGUUGGUCCUGUCCUC